UGUACCAAUUGAAGCUCAUAUCUUCACGCGACCCUAUCAUUCCUUUUCUGCGCCAUCGCAGCCAUACUAGGGCGGGUACUUGAACGCUAGGGAUGCGAUGAGCAUAGCACGACCAGCACGGUGUCUGCUCUCCAGGCGGCUUGCUGCCGCGGCCAAACCAGCAGCACCGGCAUCACAAUGCCACGCCCAAUUUCACAGCUCCGCGCAGCUCGCCGCAAGGCGGAAACCCCGAUUCAAGAGCAUACGAGCUGAGGAAAUGGGGCUGGUAUCGCCGGAGAAGAUCGAGGAGUACGGUAGCAAAACGUUCCCUCGUUAUACCCCGGAAGAGUUAGAGGUCUUGAAGAAGAGGUAUACGCCCGAGCAGAUGGCCGCUCUCGAAGCCGGUGAAGCAGCGAUCGAUCCUAAAGACUUGACGAUACAAGGUCGAAUACGGAGAGACCCUUAUAGGAUACCGUACAUCGACGACUUCAGCAAGAUUUACCCCAUCAUCGACAAGCGCCCGAAAACCAACCCCCCACCCAACCCGAAAGCUAGGUUUAUGACGGAAGAGGAGGAUGUGGCAGACCUAACCAAGCGCCUCGAGGCUCUAAUACCGAAAGACGUAAAUUUCGAAGAGCUACCCGAAGAAAAGAUACAGCAAAUACUAGACCAGCGCAUCGAUUUCCCCAUGGAGGAAGCCAAAUAUUUCCUCGAGCCGGAAACAAUGAUAAACACCAACGGGCCCUCGAACUCGGCGCUCGCGCCAGCGCUGGGCAAAAAGCUCGCCGGUGUGGAGGGCAUGUACAAGCCACCGAUCGACCCGGCAGACGAGGGCAAGGAUGACCAGGGUAUAUACCAGGAUCUGAAGAGACGGACGGGCUUAAGCGUGCGGCACAUCUUGGACAUCAACAGCAAGAUCCUAGUCGUCCGACAGGUUCACAACCAGACCCGUCUGGGUAAGAUCCGUAGCACGUGGAUUCUAGCUAUUGCCGGAAACGGUGAUGGACGGCUCGGCAUCGGCGAGGCCAAGUCUGUCGAAAUGGCCGUUGCGCGGCAGAAGGCCAAGCUUUUGGCCAUCCAGAACAUGCAGCCAGUUCGCAGAUACGAGAACAGGACCAUCUACGGCAACGUCAAGGGCAAGGUCGGCGCGACUAUAGUCCAGAUAGAAGCCCGCCCACCUGGUGAGUUAUACGCACGCAUAUUUACCCCUCCCCCGCCUUUUCAACCCAUCCAAAAGCAUACCUACUUACUAAUUCUUUAACUACUCGAAAAGGCUUCGGUCUACGCGCCUCGCA